GUGUGCAUCACCUCCGGGUACCCGUGAUAUCGUUUCGUUGGAGCUGACACUCGUAUUUUCCAAAGCUCAAGUACCCCCCUUCCCAGACGCUGAGCCGCGAAGAAGACGCCGCUCUGCAUCCCACGACGCCGAUGCAUCUGCUGUUCUCAGCUAGCCAACCCGAGUUGUCGCAGUUGCACCCGGAGCCCCGACAGACCUACAGACUCUGGCAGAUAUUCGUCGAGGCGGCGAACCCGCUCCUGAAGAUAGUCCACGUGCCGACGCUGCAACAACGGGUUCUGGACGCCAGCUGGAACCCUUCCGGUGCAUCGAAGCCUCUCGCGGCCCUCUUGUUCGCCAUCUACACUCUGGCAGCCACGUCGACGUCGGAAGAGGACUGCCUGGCCGUCUUUGGAGAGACCAGGGCCGCCUUGUCGACCCGGUACAGAGACGCCGCCUUUCGAGCCCUUGCCGAGGCCGAGUUCCUGACGACGCGAGACUUCGAAGUCCUGCAGGCGUUCGUGCUGUUCCUCUUCUCGGACCCCGACUCGGAGCUGACGUCCACCCUCACCGGGGCCGCCAUCCGGAUCGGCCAGAAGCUCGGUCUGCACCGAGCCAAGCCGGACCCCAAGAUCUCCGUCUUUGACGGCGAGAUGCGCGUGCGGCUCUGGUGGCAGCUGCACGGCCUCGACGCCCGGAUCCGCGCCGCGGGCAAGCGGACGGCGCCGUCCGAAAGCGAGUUCGGCGACGUCCGGCUGCCGCUCAACGUCAACGACGCGGACCUGCACCCGGAGAUGACGGAGCUCCCCGUCGAGCACACGGGCCCGACGGAGAUGGUCUGCGUGCUGAUGAAGUUCGAGGUCUUCAACUGGGCCCGGACGUCCGCCACGGCCGUCAAGGUCUACGACUUGCUGGGCCACGGCGGCCCGGAGAAGGGGACGAAGAGGAGAUCGACGGAGGUGGAGGACGGGGCCAUCGACGAGCUCGAGGCUCGGUAUCACGAGAAGUUUCUGCGUCAUCUGGACAGGAACAUCCCCCUCCACGCGCUAACGUACGCCCUGACGAAGCUCGCCAUCGCACGCAUGCGCUGCAAAGUCCUCAAGCGUAGACGAAUAGGCGGUGGCGGCGGCGUUGGCGGCGGUGGAGGGGAACUGCUCAUGCCGCGGGCCGAGAACGACGUGCUCUUCCACUCCAUCGUCACCUGGCUCGAGUCGAGGGACGCGGCCAUGCGCAGCGCCUUCUCGCCGCACCUCAUCGCGCACAUGACGACAAAGUACACCGUGGACGCCUACGUAUACAUGAUCAGCGAUCUCCGCCGGCGAUGCUCCGGGGAGCGCGUGGUGCUGGCCUGGAAGCUGGUCGAGAAGCUCUACGAGGAGCACCCGGAGCUGACGACGGAGGACGGGCGGCGGACCCCGUUCUUCGCCGCGCUGGGCGACAUGACGCUCGAUGCCUGGGAGGCGCGCAGGAAGGAGUUGGUCGACACGCAGGAGACCCGCGUGGCCGGUGCGUGGCCCCGGUUCAUCCACCUGCUUUGGGACCAGCGGAGGAACAAGGCGGCGGCUCAGGCGUCCCAGCAGCAGCAGCAGCAGCACCAGCACCAGCAGCAGUUGGCGGUUCCGGACUUCCAGAGUCUCGGUACGAUGGGGCUGACGGACGACGGGGACCUGGACUGGGAGUACUGGAAUGACUUUCUGCGGCUGUAGUCAAGCGAGGGCGGCCUGGAGACUUCCGAUCUGUGCCGCAGGGCACUUUGUUUCGAACGGUGGAGUUGCAGGGACUCAAGCUUAGAGAAUAAAGACGAGGUUUGUACUGCGUGACUGAAGUUGGUUGCAUGCAUGCAUGUCAGCAAAGUGUUGUGCUGAGUGUUCCACAGUAGAGAU